AUGGUGGGGCUUAUGACACGGUGUGCGGCAAAGUAUUUUGUAUUCUGCAUGGUCAUCUUCACACCAAAUGUACUGUUAGCUGACAACACGACAAACCAAAAUGCGAACUCGACUGGUCUGGUGAAUGGCGAUUCACAGCAUGAACUCAUUGGGGAUGUCAAGGAGGUGCUGGAAAAUCUAUUUGAUGGCUAUGACAAAAGACUCAGGCCUGAUUACGGAGAUGCGUACAAUACACGUGAUAUUGACUAUCGCUGGGUUGAUAAGGAACCCAUCGUUAUUAUGGAUGACAUAACACUUCCACAGUUUUCAAUACUUGGACACAACAACCGAACAGUUCAUGCGACGUACGUAGUUGGUAACUUCACCCAGUUGAUCAGUGAUUACUACCUUGGACGUAUGCUAUCAUAUUACCUUAUUCAGACUUACUUCCCAUCCAUACUCAUCGUCAUCCUGUCGUGGGUGUCAUUCUACAUCAACCGAGGCGCAACGCCAGCUCGCGUUGCCUUAGGAAUCACUACAGUUCUCACUAUGGCAACAAUCAUGGCGUCCUCUAAUGCAUCGUUACCAAAGAUUUCAUACGUGAAGGCAAUCGACGUGUUUCUCCUGAUGUGCUUUCUGUUUGUUUUUGCAUCGUUGGUGGAAUACGCCACAGUCAGCUACUAUAAUAAACCUCGCUACAAAGAAAACAAGCGACGGAGACAAAUGCAGAAAAAGAUGAACGAUAUAGAAAUGAACUCUGCCGCUGUAGCGAGACACAAUAGCGAGGGGCGGAAUGAGCUGUACCAGGUUCCAGAUCCACCAGAAGUAAAUGUUGCAUUCGAGCAGGUCAACGAAUUCGGGAGAAUCUAUGGGUCUGAAGACUGUGGGGAUUGUGAGACAAGGUACUGCGCAUCGAAUGCCAGCAUACGACGCCAAAAUACGAGGCAGGCUGACGAUUCGAUGAACACCAACGUCACUCUUCAUCCAGACCGAGGCUGUAGGCAACAAGAGACAACAGUUACCAUCGCCCAAAACCAUGGCAACCAUGGCAAACACGGUAAAUUACGCACCAGGUUGAAAGAAAUGAAGGAAGCAGGACUCAAUGCCAGCAAGAUUGAUAUCUACUCCCGCUUAAUUUUCCCGUUUGUGUUUUUGGUCUUGAACUCAGCUUACUGGGGUUAUUAUUUAAAUGUAACUGACCUGACCAUUGAGGAGCUACUAGCCAGAGACGCGACACAUUAG